UGCUGCUGUAGUGCCCGCCUUCUGACGCUAGGUUUUCUGGCGAGAUGUCCACUUAAAACGAUACCUCUACUUUGCACAACACAGAGACGUGCGGUUCUGCGACGUGGAAACUUCAGCCGUACCAGUCAGAACUUUAAGUCUGUGUCUCAGGGAUCGCAAUUUCAUUAACUCGCUGCUAUAGAUAAAUUAUGGGCAUGAACAAUUCGAAAGACAGUUGUCGGUUAUAGCUCACUGAUGUCUGAGAGUUUUGCUGGCUCAAUUUUGUUUACUAUGAUCGCUAACGUUAGCCAGCUAACUUCAUGACCCUCGAUUUUGUAGAUUCAGCUUGCUUCCACAACCAUGGACGGGGCAAUUGCAAUUAUUUUGAUAUCAGUGGCUAUGUUCGUAGGAUGUUUUAUAUUGGGCAUGAUACCCCUCUUAAUCCGACUUUCAGAGGAAAAGCUGCAGUUUGUCAGUGUAUUCGGGGCAGGGCUCCUAUGUGGCACAGCUCUUGCUGUUAUAAUUCCUGAAGGGGUGGAGUUGAUGGAGAGUUCAUCAAGAGAGUAUGUCUGCUCCAAGAUGGCAGCCAUUGCUAACUCUAGUGGCUCUGGCCCUGAGCUGGUCGCCGGGAAAGGCCUGUCACCCCACUUCCUCAUCGGCGUCUCCCUGGUGAUCGGCUUCACGCUCAUGUUUGUGGUGGACCAGAUAGGCAGCUACUGCUCCAUACAUGAUCCUCGAACAGGCGUGUCCAACAGCACGAGUGUCACAGCCACCUUGGGACUUGUGAUUCAUGCAGCAGCGGACGGAGUGGCCUUGGGUGCGGCAGCGGCCUCGUCACAGGUGUCUGUGCAAGUCAUCGUCUUCUUCGCAGUAAUUCUGCACAAGGCUCCGGCUGCGUUCGGCCUGGUGUCCUUCCUGAUGCAUGCAGGGCUGGAGCGCAGGCAGAUCCAGAGCCACCUCCUGGCCUUCUCCGCCGCCGCCCCUGUGCUGGCCAUCAGCACCUACUUCAUCCUCAGCGCCACUGGAGGAUCACCUCAGCAUCGUUUAAGUGCUACUGGAAUUGGAUUGUUGUUCUCAGCUGGAACUUUCCUGUAUGUUGCAACGGUACAUGUACUCCCAGAGAUCAGCAACAGGGGGCAGCACCAAUCCAACCAUCUCCACCACCAUGCAGGAACAGGAGCCUACCAGCAGGGGGGGCUAGGGAUUCUAGAGAGUCUCACGCUCAUUAUUGGAGCUGGACUUCCUGUACUACUCGCCCUUGGAUUGCCUGAUGAUUGACACACUCGUUAACACAUCUCCACGGUGUGUAUUAAUGACUUUUGCAAAUGUUUUUUUUCCCCUUGUGUAGGAAUGGUACAUUUCAUAAAGAGUUGUAUGACGGAAAAUUACCUAACCAAAACCACCUUUUGUAAAUAUUAUAUUAUUUUUUUCUGAACGCCUUUGAAGCUGAAAUUCACACUUGAAUUCUGAUGGCCAAACUAGCACCAUGUUCUCUACACCCAUCAAUCUUUAGUAAACUAUAGUGCAAGAGGAUCCCGUGAGGAAUGCACACAAAUAGCCAUAUAUUACAGAGACCAAAAGAGUUUCACCCUUGGCCUUGGAUCUAGGCACAAGAUCUCAGCUGAAUGUUUCAUUGAAUGAACAUUCUCAAAGGUGAAGAAGGUCAUCCUGGUCCAUUCCUAUUGGAAUGAUCUUUAUAUGUUUAUUUAACGUUGCCGUUAAAGUGAAAGGCAACACGUCAAAAGCCAUUUGAACAAGAAAAGUUUUAGUUAUACGUCUGGUUCGAUCAGUCAAAAAUCUGACUGGUCAGUUGAAUUACUAAAAAUCAAAUGUUUUAAAUGCGGUAAUUUUCUGUAUUUCAUUCUACAUUCCUCUUAUAUAUUUAGUAUGGAAGAUUUUUGCUUUUGCAGAGCUUUACAGUGGUUUGAUGGAGGAGCCAUAUAGAUUGUAGAUUACCAUUUGAAGACACCUCAUCCAAUCAGGAGCACUAGUGGAUAUUGUUGAACUAGUAGAAUGAUUGAUGUGAUUCAAUAGCAUUGUCUGUCAUUCUACAGCUAAUAAUAGAUUUACAUUUGUGACUUUAUCUUAGUUGCAAAUGAAGCAGGCUGCCAUACAAUGUACAUUUAUUCAAAAGACUACAUUUAUUAAGAGCUGUAGAAAUACCUUCAAAGAGGUCUGCAAAAUACCUUUUGUUUUUGUUUUGACUCAGAAGCCAUAUUACAAGUGAACUUGUAGCAGUGAAAUGAGAAUUAGUUGUACUUUGCUUUUGAUUAAUGAAAGGAAUUCAGAUUCAUGCUUGUUCAUUCGUUUCAUUAUUUAUCCAACUUUGCCCCUUUAUCAGUCUGGGUUGUAAUAAAUAAUACGAUUGAGUAAGAUA